AUGAAGCAGACUGGUACCAUCCUUGCCCUUGCCGGCCUUGUCUCCAUGGCUCACGGCCACGGUUUCGUUACCUCCCCCAAGCCCCGUAUGCCUGGUACCGCUUUCCAGGAGGCCUGUGGUCAGCAGAUGUACAACAACCAGCAGGCCGACAACUACGGCAACAUCCAGGGUGAACUGCAGGUUGCCAACGGCCAGAACGACUUCGAUGCCGCCAAGUGUGACGCCUGGCUUUGCAAGGGUUACAAGUUUGACGACAACAAGGACAACGUCUUCCAGUACACCCCUGGCCAGAAUGUCGACUUCACGGUCGACAUCCGUGCCCCUCACACCGGUGUUGCCAACGUCUCCGUCGUCGAUACCGCCUCCAACACCGUCAUCGGCGAGGUCCUCAAGUCCUGGGAUGUCUACGCUUCGACCGAGACCGGCGUCAAGGAGACCGACAAGAAGUUCAGCGUCACUCUCCCCAGUGACCUCGGUGGUAAGUGCUCCGAGGCUGGUGCCUGUGUUCUCCAGUGGUACUGGUUUGCCGAGUCCAUCGACCAGACCUACGAGUCUUGCGUUGACUUCACCAUGAGCGGCUCUGGCUCUGGCUCUUCCGCCAGCGCCUCCUCCGCUGCCUCCACCGCUGCUGCUACUGCCUCCUCCACUGCCACUGGUGUCGCUGUCACUGCUACCCCUACCACCGGCAACAACGUCGCUGCCCCCAGCGGCUUCGCCACCAGCGCUAAGCCUUCUGCCACCUCUGCCCCCAGCUCUGCUGCUUCGACCGUCACCAUCCCCACCGACGGCACCGCGGAGGAGAAGCUCAACUGGAUCGCCAGCCUCCUGCAGACCCUCGUCAAGUACACUGCUUAA